AUGGCUGUACAACAAAAUUGCAUGGCCCUCAGUCCCCGGCAGACCUUAAAUGGUCAGAGGGUGCUAAGAAUCCCCGGGUCAGCCAUAAAGAUUGCCACAUGGAAUGUUCGGAGUAUGUAUACUCAGGAGAAAAUAAAAAAUGUAGAACAAGAGAUGACAAGACUCAAUAUAGAUAUACUGGGCAUUAGUGAAGCCAGAUGGAAAGGUUCUGGUAUUGAAGAAUCAGAAGAAUAUGUCACAUAUUACAGUGGCAAUACCCACAAGGACCAUAGACAAGGAGUUGCAGUCAUGGUAAAGAGACACCAUAAGGCAUCUAUAAUCAAUUUCUUGCCAAUAUCUGACCGCGUUAUGCUCCUUCAGAUACGAUCUCAACCUGUGAACAUAAACAUAGUGCAAGUUUACGCCCAGACUGCAGACAAAAGUGACGAUACGGUAGAAACUUUUUAUAAUGAGAUCAAAGACGUCCUUCAAAAGUUAAAAACACACGAGUGUAAUAUUGUCAUGGGCGACUUUAAUGCCAAAAUUGGCGAAGGUAGUGUCGCAGAUAUCGUCGGAGGCUAUGGCUUAGGAUUGCGCAAUGACCGUGGUGAUCGUCUGAUUCAGUUCUGUCAAGAGGAAUCACUGGUGGUGACGAAUACCUUUUACAAAUUACCACCACGAAGACUGUACACAUGGAAAUCACCGGCAGAUUCACCCUCCCAAAUAGUGCGUAAUCAGAUUGACUUCAUUCUUGUAAAUAAACGCUACCGGAAUAGUUUCAAGGCUGUAAAAACAUACCCAGGUGCAGAUGUAGGAUCCGACCAUAACCCACUAGUUGGAACGGUUACUACUAAACUGAAGAGGUUGAUAUCACCCAAAAUGAGACCCAAAUUUGACAUAUCCCGACUUAGAGAUGUGGAUAUUAAACAAAGGUUUCAUAUGAACCUCCACAACCAAAUGCACGAAUUGCAGCAGAGUCAAAGAGGUGUAAAGGAACCGGAACAAGUAUGGAAUCAAUUUAAGGAUGUCAUUAUAAAUACGGCUAAGGAGAUACUCACACCAACAGCCGUCGUGAAGAAAAAGGAAUGGAUCACGGAUGAAAUCAUGGAUCUUAUGAUACAACGUAGAGAAGUGAAACAUACAGAUCCAGCAAAAUACAGGCUGAUUCAUAGACUGAUAGGACGGAAAUGCAUUGAGGCCAAAGAAAACUGGAUAAACGACAGGUGCACGGAAGUAGAGUCACUACAGGCCAGACAUGACUCCUUUAAUAUGUACAAAAAGAUAAAUGAGAUCUUAGGACUGAAAAAGAAACCUGCCAACAAUACCCUUAUAGAUAAAAAUGGAGCAUACGCCAUGACUAUUAAGGAGAAACUGGACAUCUGGAAGGAGUACAUUGAGGGGUUAUUUUAUGACAACAGAAGUGAAAACGAGCAAUCAGUUGUAGAUCAUACUGGACCAUCUAUUACAAAGGAUGAAAUAUCUUAUGCCAUUAAGUCAGCAAAAAAUGUGACUACCGCACAAUAUCCUUAA